UAAAAACCACCAACCCUCGGAAUAUUACUGGAUUUUGCGCGCGCUGUUUUGAGCAGAUUAAUCAUGCACGCUUUUCUCUGGGGUCUGGGCUUGUUCAUCUUUCUCGCCGACUUUGUGCAUGGGACCCGGAGAGCUCCGGUACGCGCGAGAAAAGCCAGAUCACUGGAGCACACCCGAGCGCACGAGAUCGUGACGCCCAUCAGAGUGACCGAGGCCGGGGACGCGUUGCCCCAGAGCGCGCACUUCAGACGCAGGAAGCGGAGCGCCGAUAACGACACGGAACCGGCACACUGGGAAUCCGAGCACGUGCAUUACAGACUCUCCGCCUUCGGUCGGGACUAUCACUUGAACCUGACGCUCGAGGCGGGAUUUAUUGCGCCGCUUUAUACCGUAUCCAUCGUUGGCGCGAUGAACCGGACGCACCAGGAGGAAAAGGAAGUGGAGGAGGACGAAACGGUGUACCGGCACUGUUUUUAUAAAGGACACGUGAACGGAGAAACGGAGCACGCCGCCGUCAUCAGCCUCUGUUCUGGCCUGCUUGGCACUUUCAGGUCGUCAGAAGGGGAGUAUUUUGUGGAGCCUCUUCACAGCUACAAUGGUGAACAUUAUGAAGAAGAACACAUCAAACCUCAUAUUGUGUACAGAAAAGAUGCACACAGGAGGGCCAAAGAAGACGAGUCGUUAUGUGAUACUGCAGGUGAUAAAGCAGCUGCUGAGAAAAACAUGGUGUCUGGGAGUUUGGCGUCUGACCUGGAGAGUCUCAGCGCAGGGCUUCUCUCGGGCUCUUUACCCUCGACAGAAGACAAGCAGCUAUCAGCUAACCACAGCAGCAGUGACUCAGGACCUCACCGGAGAGCAAAGCGCUUCCUCUCCUACCCGCGCUUCGUGGAAGCCAUGGUCGUUGCUGACUACAAGAUGGUGGAAUAUCACAGGAGCAACCUCCAGCACUACGUUCUGACACUAAUGUCUAUUGUUUCCUCGAUCUACAAGGAUCCCAGCAUUGGCAAUCUAAUCCACAUUGUCAUUGUGAAGCUAGUCAUAAUAAACAAUGAGCUGAAGGGUCCAGUUAUCUCUUUCAAUGCACAAGCCACUUUAAAGAACUUCUGCGUCUGGCAGCUGGACCAGAACAACCUCGACGACGAACACCAUGACCACUACGACACGGCCAUCCUCAUCACCAGGCAGGACAUCUGUCGAGCAAAAGACAAGUGUGACACUUUAGGUCUUGCAGAAUUAGGCACAGUGUGUGAUCCGUACAGGAGCUGCAGCAUCAGCGAAGAUAGCGGCCUCAGUACCGCUUUCACUAUCGCUCAUGAACUCGGCCACGUGUUCAACAUGCCCCAUGAUGACAGUAACAAAUGUAAAGAGGACGGUGUUAAGAUUCAGCAGCACGUCAUGGCCCCUACACUCAACUACAACACCAACCCCUGGAUGUGGUCCAAAUGCAGCAGAAAAUACAUCACAGAGUUCCUCGACACAGGGUAUGGAGAGUGCUUGCUCGACGAGCCCGUGUCCAGGCCGUACCCCCUGCUCCAGCAACUCCCGGGGCGCAUAUACAGCGUCAAUCAACAAUGCGAACUCAUAUUUGGACCUGGAACACAAGUCUGCUCAUAUAUGAUGCAGUGUCGACGGCUUUGGUGCAUGAGUCCAGAAGGACCUCAGCGUGGCUGUCGAACCCAGCACAUGCCCUGGGCUGACGGCACUGACUGUGGCCAUGGAAGGCACUGUAAGCAUGGCGUGUGCACCCCGAAGGAGCACGACUUGGGUCCGGUGGACGGAGAGUGGGGCGUGUGGAGUCCCUUCGGCUCCUGCUCACGCACAUGUGGAGGGGGCAUCAAGAUCGCCACCCGGGACUGUAACAGACCCGCACCUAGGAACGGGGGACAGUACUGCGUGGGGCGCAGGAUGAAGUUUCGCUCGUGCAACUCUGAGCCAUGUUCUAAACAGAGACGAGACUUCAGAGAGGAGCAGUGCGCUGCUUUCGACGGCCGCCAUUUUAACAUCAACGGUCUACCUCCAAAUGUGCGCUGGGUGCCCAAGUACAGCGGAAUUCUAAUGAAGGACCGCUGCAAGCUCUUCUGCAGAGUAGCAGGAAACACAGCCUACUAUCAGCUCAAGGACCGAGUGAUCGAUGGCACGCCGUGUGGCCCCGAUACCAACGACAUCUGUGUGCAAGGCCUGUGUAGGCAAGCAGGUUGUGACCAUGUUUUAAACUCCAAGGCCAGGAGAGAUAAAUGUGGAGUGUGUGGAGGAGACAACUCAUCCUGUAAGACAGUGGCAGGGACACUGAGUACGGUGCACUACGGUUACAACCUCGUCGUGCGAAUCCCCAGCGGUGCUACAAACAUAGACGUGCGACAGCACAGCUACUCAGAUAAACCAGAGGAUGAUAACUACCUCGCCGUGGCCAACAGUCGUGGAGAAUAUUUACUGAAUGGAGAUUUUGUGGUCAGCAUGUUUAAAAGGGAAGUCAAAGUCGGGAGAGCUGUCCUGGAGUACAGCGGCUCCGACCACGUCGUCGAGAGACUCAACUGCACCGACCGCAUCGAGGAGGAGAUCGUCAUCCAGGUUCUGUCUGUAGGUAACCUGUUCAAUCCAGACGUCAGGUAUUCCUAUAACAUUCCCAUCGAAGACAUGACUCAACAUUUUAUCUGGGACGCGUACGGCCCGUGGCAGGAGUGUAGCCGCCUGUGCCAAGGGGAGCGUAAGAGGAAAAUCCUGUGCAAUCGUGAGUUGGACCACAUGGUGGUUUCGGAUCAAAGGUGCCAUGGCUCACCUCGACCGGAGGCCUUCACAGAACCGUGCAACACAGACUGUGAACUCAGGUGGCACGUGGCCCGUAAGAGCGAGUGCACGGCUACAUGUGGACUGGGUUACCGCACGCUGGAAAUCUACUGCGCAAAAUACAACCGUAAUGAUGGCAAAACCCAGAGAGUUGAUGAGCAAAACUGCAGCCACCUGCAGAAACCUGACAAUAAGGAGGUUUGCCAUGGUGACUGUAACCCCGGCGUGUGGGAGUACUCGCCCUGGUCGGAGUGCUCAAAAAGUUGCGGAGGGGGGACACGCCGUCGGAGCGCCACGUGUAUGUCGCCUGAGAACGAUGAGAGUAAAUGCAACUCGAGGGACAAACUCGUAGUCCAGCCCUGCAACGAGUUCCCGUGUCCGCAAUGGAGGACUGGCGAGUGGUCAGAGUGCCUGGUGACGUGUGGGAAAGGCUAUAAACACCGUCAGACGUGGUGUCAGUUCGGAGACGAGCGGCUAGACGAGCGCUUCUGCAGCUCGGCCAAACCGGAGUCGGUGCAGGCGUGUCAGCAGCAGGAGUGUGCGUCCUGGCAGUUCGGCUCCUGGGGCCCGUGCACCACCUCCUGUGGCCCCGGCUAUCAAAGAAGAGUUGUGAAGUGUGUCGUCAGCUCGUCCGGCUCGGUCAGGGACGACACUGACUGUAACGCAGCGACACGCCCCACUGACACACAGGACUGCGAAGUCUCGCCGUGCCCCGUCACCCAUCCUGUUUCCCCAGACACCAAGCCGGUUCCUCAUCCGGGCCACAAAACCCAGUGGCGCUUUGGAUCAUGGACUCAGUGUAGCGCCACCUGCGGGAAGGGAAUACGGAUGCGCUAUGUCAGCUGUCGUGACACUCAGGGCGGCGUGGCGGAGGAUUCAUGGUGUGCUCAUCUCCCCAAACCUCCCGCUACGGACGUGUGCUCCGUGUUGGCGUGUGGUCAGUGGAAGGUUCUGGAAUGGUCUCAGUGCUCUGUUUCCUGCGGUCAGGGUAAAGCUGCUCGUCAGAUUCUCUGCGUGAACUUCAGCGAUCAGGUGGUGGACGUGAGCGAGUGUGACGCGGACGAUCGGCCGGCGACGGAGCAGGAGUGCGCCAUGCCCCAGUGCCCGUCUCGGCCCGGUGACCACGCCCCCUUCCCUCCUAACCAAGACGCCCGUAAAAAAGCCGCACCCGCUGGCAGGGCGGAUCGACUCCGAGGGGCGCGUCCGCAGUCGCAGUGGCGGUUCGGACCGUGGGGAGCGUGCUCGAGCACGUGUGCCGGAGGAUUCCAGAGGCGGGCGGUGGUGUGCCAGGAUGAGAACGGGUACCCGGCUAACAGCUGUGACGAGAGCGUUCGACCUGCAGAACAGCGCGGCUGUGAGUCUGGACCGUGUCCACAGUGGGUGUACGGCAACUGGGGCAAGUGUUCGAAACCCUGUGGCGGUGGAGUAAAGACGCGCCUCGUGGUCUGUCAGCGUCCCAGCGGCGAACGCUUUAGCGAUCAGAGCUGCGAGAUUCUGGACAAACCGCCUGACCGAGAGCAGUGCAACAUGCAGCCGUGCUCCCACUGGAGAGCCGAACCGUGGAGCUCGUGCCCCGCCUCCUGUGGGAAGGGCUUCAGACGCCGCAACGUGACCUGCGUCAGCCGCUCUGGCCAACCAACAGCCGAAGAGAACUGUCUGCACUUGCCCCGCCCCCGUAAGGAGAAGUCCUGCAAAGGUGGGAAGUGCCUCAAGUGGAGGACGAGCAUCUGGGGAGAGUGUAGCGUGACGUGUGGUUCUGGCCUGACGAGUCGCGCCGUGGUGUGUGUGAAUCACAGCGGGGACGAGAUCCACGACUCGCACUGUUCGGCGCAGAAGAGACCAAACCAGAGCGAGCCGUGUAACACUCAACCCUGCGAGUUCGUCUGGAUCACAGGGGACUGGGAGGAGUGCUCUGUCACCUGUGGUCAGGGCUACCAGAGGAGGCGGGUCUCCUGCAGCGAAGUGCAUUCUGGGAAUGAGAAUUACGUAUACAGCCACCACGGGUCAUCCAACUGCCCGGGGACACCUCCUGAGAGCUACCAAGCGUGCAGACUACCUUCGUGCCCUUCAAGUCAGGUGUACAGCUGGAGAGUGGGCAUCUGGGGACCUUGUUCAGUGAGCUGUGCUGAUGGUUGGAUGGAGCGCAUGGUGCAGUGUUAUUCAGAAGAAGGGGAGCUCAGUGAUGAGUGUGACUCCAGCUCGAAGCCAGAGACUCGGAGGUCAUGCAGUAACCCAGACUGUAUAUUGCCGUUUAGCUGCAGGGAUGUGCAGAUGCAGAACGGUGUUGUAUCUGACGGAGAGCAGCUUCUCAGUGUACAGGGCAAAGCACGUAACAUCUACUGUUCAGAGAUGCACACGGAAAGUCCGAAAGAGUACAUCACUCUCACGACCGGAGAGGGCGAGAACUUCUCUGAGGUUUUUGCAUACAGGCUGAUGGAUCCCACGCAGUGUCCAUCAAAUCUGAUCCACAGAGAGGAGUGCCAGUGCCGGAGAGACUACACAGCCGCUGGCCUUUCCACUUUCACCCGGGUCCGACUGGACCUGAGCAAGAUGACCGUCAUCACCACAGAUUGGAAGUACUCGUACACUCGAGAAGGUCAUAAGGUUCCCUUCGCCACAGCAGGAGACUGCUACAGCGCCGCCCGCUGCCCACAGGGCCGAUUCCGACUCAACCUCUCAGGAACAGGCUUCCAGGUGGCUGAGAAUACCCAGUGGAUUUCCCAAGGGAACUACGCCGUGGCGGACAUCCACAAGUCCCAGGAUGGCAGUAGAGUGACAGGAAUGUGUGGUGGCUACUGUGGCAAAUGCACUCCAUCUUCCAGUUCAGGCCUUCUCAUCCAAGUUUCAUGAGAAACCUUCUUACAGGACGUUCUCUUCUCUUGGGGUUCUCCUCUCUAUUUGGUGCUAAAGACAAUAAAGACAACGAAGAACGCUCCUCGUCCAUCCCGACUUCCUGCUGUCCAUAUGUAAAUAUCAGCUGGUGUAUGUAAUGUACAGAUCGUGUUGAAUUAUUUAUUAUAACCCACAUUUAUUUUUAUACAAUUAUUUAAAAUGUUAACAAAGCCAUUUGUGAAUUGUCGCGUGUUUUGGGUUUUAUAAUAAGUGUUUUUCGUCAUUGAAAACUCUUCUGCAUCAGGGUGGGUAGGACAUAAAGAAACCAGCAGCUCCACAAUAACACAUGGGGGAAAAAGUAUUUACAUCCUACGCUUUCAUGUUCCAUACAUACGACCCGUGGAGGGUUAAGACUUUGUGGGUGCUGUAGAAAGGAAGUCAGGUUUUCCUAACCGACCUCGCUAGAGUUCUGGAGAUCUCGCCGAUUGAUGAUGUCAGCAGAAUGUAGUUUUCUUGAAUCACAGGUCUAUCAUUCGAGGAUGAGAUGUCUGAUUUGGGAUCAUCUCGUAGUAUGUGUGACAAGAAAUAAUCUUAAAAGACAGGCUAAAAGCGGGAUUAGUUUAGUGGAGGCAAAAUGGCAACUCAGAAUGAGUCUAGAGAAUGAAGCAGGUAAGGGAAGUCGCUCUGGGAAUGUAACCUUCAUCAGCAGGUGGAAAACAUUUCGCUGAUUGUAACGUUUCAGACAGCGUAAGCCGCAUAUAUCAGUGGACAAACAAGGCUCAGAACGUACACAACUAUAAAGUUAGGCAAGACUCCGAUUGUGAACGGAAUAGCAGAAUAAAAACGUCGACUGAGGGGUCUGAGAGCAAAAUCGGCCGUGCUCUGUGGGUGGGAGGAAUGGCGUUACUCAUUACUGUCAAUCAGAGUGGCACUAACCAAUCGUAGGUGUCUGUGAGUUCGUGUAUGUGGGAAAGUGUAUACAGUGAAGGGGCGGGUGUAUAUAUAUAUAUAUUUAAAAUAAAAGGGGUAUUGCAGUUUGUUUCAUCCUCAUCUCUCCUGACCACA